UCCGAGGUUCUCUUAUCUUCGUUGCCUUCAGCGGGAGAGAGACAGACAGACAGACAAACAGAGAGGGAAAACUAAGACUUCGGGAGUUUAUAGAAAAAAAAAGAAGGCAACAAUGAGGUCCAUUUUGGCGACGUUAUUGACCUUAGGGAUUUACCAGUGCUCUCCCGUUGCAAACAAACCGACUCCUUUGGUAAUGUGGCAUGGAAUGGGCGACUAUGGCACCUCCUACUUCAGCAUGGGUCACAUUAAGAGACUGGUCCAGAGAAACGUCCCAGAUAUUUAUGUGAAAUCAGUCGUUGUAGGAGCGAACUUCAUGGAGGACAUUGUUCACGGGUUCAUUGGGAACGUAAACAAUCAAGUCGAGCAAAUUUGUCAAGAAAUUGCUGCGGAUCCGGAGUUGCAAGAUGGCUACCACGCCGUUGGAUUCUCUCAGGGAGCACAAUUCUUGCGGGCCGUUGCAGAGCGCUGCCCGACACCCUCCAUGAAGAAUCUGAUUUCCAUGGGCGGACAACAUCAAGGAGUCUUUGGCCUCCCGAACUGCGACCCUGGAAAUGUCAUCUGCGAGGAAAUUCGUCGAAUUUUGGAUCUGGAAGCUUACGCUGAUUGGGCACAAGACGAAAUUGUUCAGGCCCAGUAUUGGCACGACCCACUGCAUGAAGACGUCCACCGCAAUAAGUCAAGAUUUAUAGCCCUCAUCAACAACGAUCAGACCCUCAUGGAAGAGCAGAGGGAGAACCUGAAGAAGUUGGAAAACUUCGUGAUGGUGAAGUUCCUCAACGACACAAUGGUGGUGCCUAACGAGAGCUCAUGGUUCGGCUUCUACAGACCGGGACAGGACGUCGAGGUCCUUCCCAUGAGAGAGACCGAUCUUUACAUGGAGGACAGACUCGGUCUGAAGGAGAUGGAUGAGGCUGGAAAAUUGGUCUUCCUCGGCGUCCUAGGGAAUCACCUCGCCUUCUCAGACGACUGGUUCGUGCAGGAAAUCGUCGAGAAAUACAUUAAAGACAACGUCUAGAGAACACAUCUAGGAUUGUCAAGCUUAGCAAGCAUUUGGCACGGUCGAGGGAGUUGCUAUGGGAUCACCGUUAGGACCUUCAUUUGCUAACUUUUUUAUGAGUCAUCUUGAAGAAAAAUGUUCAAAUAGUUGCCCUGAUAAUUAUAAACCAGCGUUUUAUGGAAGGUACGUUGAUGAUACUUUUACCCUGUUUAAAUACAAUUGGCAAUAUUACGAGUUUCUUGGUUAUAUCAACACUGUUCAUCCAAACGUGAAAUUUACCAUAGAAACUGAAAACAACAAUUCAAUAGCCUUCUUGGAUGUAAAAAUUACUAGGAGUGAACAACGUUUUAAUACUAGUGUAUAUGGCAAGAGUGCUUUUACUGGAUUGGGAAAUAAUUUUUAUAGUUCGUGUUUUUAUGGCUUUAAAGCUAACUCUGUCAUUACGUUGGUACACAGAGCACUUAAAUAUACGUCGGACUGGUCUGCUUUCCAUAAUGAAAUUGAAUACCUACUGAAAUGUUUUACAGGUAACUUUUACCCAACGCAAUUUGUUCUUAAUAUUAUUAAUGAAAUGGUUUCUAAUUACGUAUCUCCACCCCUGCUAGUUUCAACGUACCUAAACUUAAUAUGUACGCAUCAAUUCCCUUUAUCCACACAGAUAAACUACGCUUGAAUAUAAAAAAAUAUUAUAGAAAAAGAAUUAGGUUUCCUAAGACCUAACCCUAAUCCCUGUAAAUCCAAAAAGGAUAGGUAGCCUCUUUAAUUACAAGGAUAAGCUGCAAGAUUUUAUGUUGUCCAAUGUAAUCUAUAAAUAUGAAUCCCAAAGAUGCCUUGGUACUUAUAUUAGUUCAACACGGAGAUUGUUGCAAGUCCGUUAUUAUAGUCACAUGGGACUCAUCUAUAGGACGAGAUUUAGGAUAUCGAAUCCCGAACUCUCGAGUAUUCGAACACAUGCCUCAAAGCGUAAGAUUCCUAUGGAAAAAAAACACAUUUUUAUAUCCUUACCUCAACAACCCAAGCAUCCUUUCUAAAAACAAUUGAGUCACUUUACAUCAAACAUCUAUCUCCUAAUUUAAACAAUUACGUCUCUGCCACUCCCCUUUCGUUGGUAGUUCGGUCGGUCCUCGCGUUUCUAGUCAUUCUGCUCUUCUUCUCUGUACUGAUAGGUAGUCUUCUAAUACUUGUAAGCUUCUGUCAAUAAUUCAUAUUUUUGGAUUGUACUUUUUACUUUAUUUAUUGUUUUUUAAAAGAAUAAAUUUUAUUCCAGACUGAUGAUGUGCCAAUGCUUUGGGGCACGAAACGUCUUUUAAUAAAUUGAUCAUGUGA